GCACUCAAUCGCCUCUCAAAAUGCAGCAGCCGUCAGUUGUGUAUGGGCAAAUCCGCACGAGCUAUCAGAUCAGGACAGUGCGCAAAUAUACUUUGUGUCCAGCCAAAUUAGCAUAUUCUAUUCAAAAGAAAACCAGCGGUUAUCAGUUAAUAGCUCCAUUGACAAUAUGCAUGAAGGCCCGCAUUGAUUUAUGUCAGAGUACAUGUACAUCGCAAGCGCUCGAUUCACCAUAUUGACAGAGCCUUCGAAAUGACGGUCACUAAAAGUGCAUUCCUAGUGUGCGCAACCGCCAUAUUGACGGUAUACCUGCCGCAGCUAUGGACCACGACUCGGCCAGUCAUCACUGGAGGAACCGUGCAGCCAGGAUUCGAGUCGGUGGCCAAACUGUUCAGGGAGAACUUUGAGAAUGGCGUGGAAUAUUCCACUGGUGGUUCCGCCUACUCGGUGUAUUACAAAGGGUCAAAGGUCGUGGAUAUCUGGGGCGGCUACGCUGAUAGCGAGACAGGCCGACCAUGGAAGGAGGACACCAUUAGUAUUUUCUUUUCAACAACAAAAGGUAUUGCAGCAGUUUGCAUCGCUGCUCUCGUCGACAGAGGUCUCCUUGACUACGACAAGACUGUGGCUUCUUAUUGGCCAGAAUUUGCUCAGAAUGGCAAAGAAAAUGUCACAGUGCGCGAGCUCUUGAAUCAUCAGGCUGGGCUGUCCUACACUCAUGAUAAACUCACCUACCCUCUCACGGCAGACCAGGAUGCGCUGGGCGAGGUCUUGGCGCGGGCACCUCCAGCUUGGGAACCGGGCACGGCCCACGGAUACCAUGCUCUUUCGUUUGGUCUGUACCUCAGUCAGCUGUUGAGACGCGCUGAUCCCAAGCAUAGAACCAUCGGCCAGUUCUUCAAGGAAGAGAUCGCUCAGCCAUUUGAUGUGGAUUUUUACAUCGGUCUACCGCUGGAGUCUUACCAUCGGGUUGCACGGCUCAAGGGCGACACCAGCAGUGUGCUGGUCACGUUGUUGAAGGGGCUUACCAGUCCCUCAAACCGGCAACUGCUGUGGGCCAUGGUCACGGGCAAGAGUGAUUUACCGAAAAUCUUGGAGGCAAGCGGGGACACUGCCGAUUCCAGUACUUUCACGAGCCCUGAAGUUCUGACCCUUGAACAACCGUCUGCGACCGGCAUCGGUACGGCACGAGCCGUCGCCAAGAUUUACGGGAUCCUUGCCAACGGAGGGCAGAGUGUAGAAGGUCAAAGGCUGGUUUCCGGUGACAUCAUCGAGAAGUUCCUCAGCGAGGCCAAGAGAGACGGUUCCAUAGACAGGACUAUUGGCUUGGCAACUGUCGUUAAUCUGGGGUUCUUCAUCGAUGAAUACGAGGGUUCAUCGCGGUUUGGACAUCCAGGGGCCGGCGGCAUGCAAGGCUGUGCCGAUCCUCAACGAAAGCUCGGCAUAUCAUACCUCUCCAGUUACGGCUCUCAGUUCGGCCUAGGCGACGACCCCCGAUUCACCUCACUCCAGGCAGCAACGUAUGCAUGCAUCAAUAAACUAGAGGCCCAGAAGUAGUCGUUAAACUGUUUCCACGCUGGCAUUUAUGCUGCAAAUGUUUCGUGACGGCGAAUCGUCAACGCAUGCGCACUUGUGCGACAUACGAACCGGCCUACAAAAGGAAGAUCAAAGCCCUCUAAAAUUUCUACCAAAAUUAAUUGAACUGAAUCCGUUAACUUCGUCAACAAAUAAAUGAAUGAUUUAUUCAAUAACAAUUCGGGAAAAUGAUCUUAUCAGUAAAGUGACGACAUUCACGGUGUUAGCCAUUGAAAUAUUCCUAUCACAAGCAACUGCAUUACUUUACAAACUGCAGUUUACUUAUAUGAAAAAGUGAUUAAACGAAAUGCAUUUUCUGAGGCAAUGGAUGCCCACUCAUAUUUUAAUUUACGGCUGAAAAAGUAGAAUAAAUGUGUCAUUUUAAAAUUUAAAAUCGGAAAUCUUGUUGUCUGGUUUGAAUAGGCUACUUCAAAUGGUGCGUGAAAUGUAAUUAUUUUUUUUACUAACGAAGUAUCAAUAGUUGAAACCAUUUAAGGCAGACCCUUCUACAUCGUUUCGAUAUCGUGCCUCAAUUAUAGCUUAUUUCGCUAUUUCUGGACAUUUUUGAGCUAACGUCAUCACACGGAGUAUCUACAAAAUCUCUUGGUGGAGCUUCACGGCAUAAUAAAAAUCAAGCAAGAUGAAUCUGGUCACGAUGUCUUUUCCUCGUGUAUAAAUGCCACUUGAAGCAAAGCGACAUUACCAUUUUAGCUAAAAUCUCUGCAUAGUUAUAAAGUUUGCUUAUUAUAACAUGUUAGAGGUAUGGUAAGAUGUUUCUUUAACAAUUUUAAGCUAAUUUUUCCCUUGCAAUAA